AUGUUAAAUUAGGCACCUUAAACCAAAAAAUGAAAACCAAAAUUUGGACGAAGAAAGACCACGAUGGCAUAAGAAGAAGUUGAAUCUUUUGGGGCAGACGUCCUUCGUUGUUGGUCAUUAAACCCACCAUACAUAUAGUUUCUCUCUUCCUUUCUCUCUGCCUUCGUGAAUCAAACAGAGAAAACAUGGCAAGCUUGAGAAGAGCUUUGAUCAGCGCUCACCGAGCUCUCAAAUCCAGCAAUUCCAUCUCACCCACUCAGACCCUUCUCAGGCCUCAAUAUAGUAGUGGCUUAGUUCAGCGAUCUUAUUCCACCGAUAACUCCAGCAAUCUCAAUAUCGACCUCUCUAACGAGGAGAGCAAGCGGCGUUUAUGUAAUAGAUUAUUGUACAGGAGUAAACAGAGAGGGUUCUUGGAAUUGGAUUUGGUUCUGGGUAAGUGGGUGGAGGAUCAUAUUCAUUCCAUGGAUGAAAGUGGAAUUAAAGCUCUUGUGGAUGUUCUUGACGUGGAAAACCCUGAUCUCUGGAAGUGGUUAAGUGGCCAGGAGCAACCUCCCCAGGCACUCAUAACUAAUCCGGUUUUCACUGCAGUGCGGAACAAGGUUACCAAAAACCUGGACAGCUAUGCAGCUCCGGAGACACGAGCAACACCCGGGAACCCAUGGGUCAGAGGAUGGGAUGAUAUAAAGAAAUAUAAGGGCGGCCCUAUAACCGGGAACCAGUAGUUCUGUCAUUUCCUACAAAAUUCAUGAGGGUUGUUUGAUUUUAACGAGUUAGCGAAGAAAAGUGCUUAUUAGAUUAAUAAAACCAAGAUGCAUUGCUGGGACCGUCUCCUCUGGUUCAUGUUUUCUGGUGUACCACCCUUGUUUCUCAUGUCAUAAUGUAAUAUGUUAAAAGAGUGCUUUAUCUCAGUUUGUAUCUGCAUACUUAUCAUAUAAUGAAACAAAAUGAUAUUCUCGAUUUUCUGGAAGAUGAUGAGGAAACAGG